CCCAAACGGUGAAAAAAAUGUGGGAGUACCCAAAAGGUGAAAAAUUGUAAAUGUGUACCCAACAUUAUACUUAACUCGGUUUUUCUUUUUUAUUUUUUCUUUUUUUUUUUUGAAAGAUUGUUACGUGUUUGCUUGUGUCUAACCGUGAUGUAUUACGACUUCCUCCCCGAUUACCCGGAACCUAAGAUACGAACCUAGAAUAUUUUUUUUUAACCCUUUGGAGCAUUAUCACGUUUCCGCUGCGUUGCUGCAGCCCUCCCUCCCUACUCCAUUGAAGGAAGCGUACUCUGAAUUCUCCAUUGAAGCCGCCUCUGAGCUUUUUCUCCUCCAUUGAAAUAACUUCCGAGGUCAAAAGAUGGAGGGUAGCCAUGAGAUAGAGGUUGCUGAAGCUCAAGAAAACCUUGAUAAUGUACCUGUGGAGAAACAAGAAACCCGUGAUGAAAUGCUUUCAAGGCACAGGAAAGAAAUUUCCCAGCUACAGAACAAAGAGGUUGAGAUGAAAAAGGCUGCAGCUAAAGGUAGCAAAGCGGAACAGAAAGCAAAGAAAAAGCAAGUUGAGGAAGAAGUAGCCAAGCUAUCUGCAAAUCUCAGAGAUAAACAUGCACAAGAACUUUCUUCACUGGGCUAUAAUAGCAGCACAAUUGGCAAUGGAAAUGACAAAGGAAACCUUGAUACACUUGUCAAAGCAAUUGCUGGAGUAUCUGUGGCCAGUAGUGCUGAUAAUCACAAGCCUAGUAAAAGUGUUAAGAGACGUGAGAAAAGAGCUCAGCAAGAAGCUGCAAGGGAACAAAGAAUAAAAGAGGAACAAAGCAACAUCACUAGUGAUAGAGUGAUUGAAGAUGGGUUAUUGGAGAAGAAGCUAGACCCACUUGGAUUGACCAUCAAUGAUAUUAAACCUGAUGGCCACUGCCUUUAUCGUGCUGUGGAGGAUCAGCUAGCUCACUUGUCAGGAGGUUCUUCACCUUACAAUUUCCAGCAGCUUCGAGAAAUGGUUGCUUCUUAUAUGCGUGAUCAUGUCUCUGAAUUUCUCCCCUUUUUCAUAUCAGAGAAUGAGGUUGAAGGAGAGUCAGAUUAUUCUCUGGCGCAGAGAUUUGAAAACUACUGUCACGAGGUGGAAACAACAGCAGCUUGGGGUGGGCAACUGGAGCUUGGUGCCUUGACACAUUGCUUGAAGAAACAUAUAAUUAUAUUUUCAGGGUCCUUUCCUGAUGUUGAAAUGGGCAAGGAGUACAAGACUGAUGGUUCUUCUACUUCAUUGAACUCUUGUAUCAAGCUAUCAUACCACAAGCAUGCGUUUGGUCUGGGUGAGCAUUAUAAUUCUGUGGUUCCCAGUUUAUAACAAAAUCAUUUAGCCAUUUUUUUUUCCUUCUCUUUUUUUAUGAGAGAAAAAGUAAGCGAAUUGUGAGUGCACAUUUAACUCCAUCAAGAGUGAUAGUUUUCUGUUGCAUUUUUUAAUACCAUACAUACUGAUACUGAUACACUUCAAGUUUGAUCUGCUUGGAUAGUUGAUACCCUUUAAAUUUUGAUACAAUAAUCAAUGAUUGCCAUUUUUAUUUU